AUGGAAGGACCAUCAGCGCCUGCCGUGAGGCGGGAUCCCUACGAGGUAUUGAGCGUGUCUAGAGACUCGUCGGAUCAGGAGAUCAAGUCCGCGUACAGGAAGCUCGCUCUCAAGUAAUUAUGCUCAUCUUCUUUUUUUUGAUGCUGUAUUUUCGUUGUAUUUAAUUGCUACCCUACAAAUGUAAAUGGGAAAAUUCGGAUAUUGAAAUUUCUAGUUUCUUGAAUGGUACAGAGCGAAUCUCCUUGUGUUAUCCCUUAGAUUAUGCCUAGCUUAGUUCUUGAUAAGUCUCGGAGGUUAUGGGAGAUGUUUUCAAACCAUUUUGUAAUUGCGACUAUGAUCUGCUUAGAGAAGAUACGUAAUCCAUAAGGAUAACAUGCCCUAUCAUUUGUCGAGAAUUUGUUAAAUUUGUGUUCUUCAGAAGGCCCCGUACUCAAAGCUUCAUUGGCAAAGACGAGUAGGAUUGGCAAUGAGAACACCUCGUCUAUCGUAGCCUUCGAAGGAUAUGAAAAGAGCCACGGCAAAUGUCAUUGUAUAGAUGCAUAUCCAUCCACUAUUUUGAGCGGUUUGACGAGGGCGCCGAAUCUAGUGGAGAAACGAAAAAACUUCAUGUUUUUGUAGUCUUACUUUUCUAAAAAAAUUCAUUUAUAUGCUUUUGAACCAUUGGCAUGCUUUCAACUAUCUACCGUUCCAGAGAUACAGUCUUCGAAAGCAAGUUAAAAAUCUCAUCACGUAUGCUUAUUGAGGUAAUUUUUUUUAGCCAAAAUCUCAUGGAAUGAUUGACUGGAAGUUCACUGGGUAUGAUGGGGAAUCUGCUUUUAGAAUCGAAUGACUAAUGGCUGGAGUCAAAGCACGAGGGAAUGAGUUCUUAUCAAUGGAGAUCUAUCCAUCUCACUGAUAGCCACAUAUGAAGUAAAAAAUAAUGAUGUAACCAAGCAUGCUGGAUCAAUGUAAGAAGGAGUUAAGAAAAUGUUCAUUUCAUUUCGUCAUUAGAUGGCGGAGCACAGCUCGCCGUGACAUGCAUGAAUGAAUAGAAUCCUUCAGGUCAUUUUAAAUAUCAUGAUCCUUAAAAUUAGGAUUUCCGAAAGAAAUUGAUGGUCACUGUUUUCGAUAUUGCCAUCAAUGUCCAUAAUGUUAUCAAUAUGCACGCUAUGGAGCCUGCUCUCAAUAUGCACCAUUCUCAUCUAAUCAUCUUAUAAUUUUAUCUCGCUCUGACCAUUAUUCCAAUGUAGUUAGGUCCCAAAUCGCCAGUGCCAUAAAUACUGGUUUGAUAGAAUAUAUUUCUCAAUUACUUGUAUUCAUGAAUUUUCUAGUGAAUGAUUAGCGUGGAAAGAGUGGUUUUUCUAUGAUCGUCGUGACAAUCAACUUUGAUAUGCAUGGCCUAGAAAACACUUGCCUGAAAUACCAGUUUGACGCAAUCUGAAUGGCGCUGUUAAAUUCAAUUAAAAAAAUAGCCUUAGGGUCUUCAAAUGAAAGCUGGCAUCAGCAGCUGAAGCAGACCAUCCCUAGUAUAAACUAAUCUGCAAAGGAUUGUCCAUGGGACUACUAUCAAGAUUAUUUGGACCAUAUUUCCAAUUAUCAUCCAUCUCUUGCCUUUUAUACUCCAUGGAUGAGGUAGCACUAGAUCUGGCCAUUUCUAUAAAAGCUAUUGGGCAUCAACAGAUCUUUGCUCUCUGCCUUGAACUUUGAAAGAAUAUUUCCAAGUGCAUUGUUAUCCAUUAUUUAGUGACUUCGACAACUUCAAAUGGCAUAAUGCUUUAUGGCCACUGCUGGAACUUCAUUGAAAAAUGAGUGAUUGUUGAGGCAGUAGUCUAGCUUGAAUUGAUUGAAUGAUGUUUUGGAACUUAAAUCAUCCAAAUAAGCUUAUGCUGAGAGUCUAUCAUUAGUCAUCAAAAGCUGAAUGAGGGAUGCAGGUGGUCUAGCCUUUCAUUCCACGUCAAUUCAACUUAUUGUUCGAUAAUGGAUGAGUCAAAAAUUGGUUCAUUGUUGAUGAUCAGUCCAAGUAACUGAGAACGAUCAGUCCAAGUAAAGAUGAUCUUAUUGUCGAUCAAUUUAACUGUUCAUCUUAUUGGGCAACAGACUAGGUGUUCAUCUUUGUGUUUCCACCCUCAUGUUUGGUAAUGAACAUAGGUGAUCGUUCCAAAGUGCUAAGUAGUCAACUUACCCCUGUCAGGAUGUUAGUAGCCCAUGAACUGUGAUGGGUUAGAGGCUAGCCCAUGAACUGUUCAUCAUGAGGAUCACCGUGAUGGGGAUUCAUGCACACAGAAGGUGGAUGUUUGCAGACGUGUUAUCCUCUUGUAUAUACAUCGUUUUGACACACCCAAAGAUCCUAUUCUACUUCUCUUAUUUAGGCUCUGGAUUCUGAGUAUAAACAUCCACAACAGAUUUCUCAGGAAAUUAUUAAUUGCUGCCAUGCACUUUUACUUUUGUGCUGUUGCCACAAAAUUAGGAAUUAUUGGGUUUUUUUAAUAUUUUGCGAAUAUUUGAAGUGGUUCAAUGGCUAAAUUGGGUCUUUUGAUGAAUUUUCUUCAUUGCACACCUUUGUAACGAAUCACUUCUUCGAAUCAGGAAGGUGUUCAAUAUUUUGAAAUUCUUCUCAUUUGAAUUUCCUAAAUUGUUGCCCUCUCCUUUUUUUAUGUUAUCUUUUACUUUUUACCUUGUGGAAGCCAAGUUUAGAUUCACUUGAUUAAAAAAAAGGCCAACAACUUAAACUACACACAACCACUAAUUUGAUUUUUAUAUCAUCGUCAAAGAACGAGGAUAAGACUGUUGAAAUGAUCUUAUACUUAUUGUUCGCCUGGUUUUGCAACUUUAUUACGUAGCUAUGUUUGCAUGUGCCCACUUUAAUUAUCUGUAUUGUUCUUUUAUUUUAUAUAAUUAAACUGAAAUUAGAUUUAUGCAUAUGAAGUUGCUGAUAUUUUCUCUUUCGUUGAGAAGGUAUCACCCAGACAAAAAUGCCAACAACCCUGAAGCUUCAGAGCAUUUUAAAGAAGUUGCAUAUUCAUAUAGCAUCCUGUCAGACCCAGAAAAAAGAAGACAGUAUGAUACUGCUGGAUUUGAGGUGAUAUUUUUUUUUGAACUAAUCAAUUUGUCUCUUAAAUUUUUAAAAACUUAACAUCCAAAAUUUAUGUACUUCGCAAUAGUUUAUUGCAGUGUGUCUCUAUUGACCAAGAUUUUUUUUUUGUUUUUACAUGACCAAAUGCUUCGAUAAUGAAUGUACUGAAUCUGUUAUGUGUUGCCUUAUUCAAAAUGUCAUAUCGUGGUUUUCUUAAUGAUUUAAAGCUUAUAUAUGAACGGAAUCGGAUGUUCUUCUAUGAAAGUUUAUCCCUUGAAUUCAUGAUACUCACUGGUCUCUGGUGCAUAUGUAACAUGAAAUUCACAACACUUGAAUCGAUAAAUACCAGUGUUUUUUGCACAGCCAUACAUUUCAAUAUAGUAUUUAUUGUCUACUUGUUCUUUAUCCUUGAGUUCAUAGCUAGGCAUGUUUGACAGCAUGAAUUAAAGAAUACUAGUCAUUUCUUGUUACGUAUUACCCAUAGACAUAACUAUCCAAUAGACAGUUGUUAUCUAUUGUUUUAGGUAAUUUGAUCAACCUGUAGUGUGAAUGUCCCCUCCAUGUGUAAUUAUUAUGGUUUUCUUAUGAUAGGUAACCAUAACUUGUAUUGUCAUUCGUAAAAUAGGAUUUGGUUUGGUGCAUAUUUAGGAUUAUACCAUUUUUUUUUGCGUGGGAAUCUUCUUUGUAUCAAAGGAUGAUUUUUGAGUGGACAAUUUUGUUUGCUCAUUGAUAUUACCAUCCUUUUUUUUUAUGUAUUCGAAGAUUACUCUGGUGAAUUUCAUAAUUUUCUGUUUUCUUUUCCUGUAUGUGUUUUCGUACAUGCCUGUUGUAAAUUUCAAUCUCAUCCCAUGCUUGACCUUGAUUUUCCUAGGCGUUAGAGAACGAAGGUGGGGACAUGGAGAUUGAUUUAUCGAAUCUUGGAACUGUUAAUACGAUGUUUGCUGCGCUCUUCAGGUACCAUUGUUGUUCAAUGUCAAGAGGCUGUUAUGUAUGGGUGACAACUGCUUUUUUAAUCUUUAUCUUUUGCAGCAAGUUGGGAGUUCCAAUCAAGACAACAGUUUCAGCGACUGUUCUUGAAGAAGCGCUUAAUGGAACUGUCACAGUUAGGCCUCUUCCUCUUGGGACAUCAGUAAGCGGAAAGGUAUGUGUUCUCUUACUCUUAUGUGAGUUGUAAAAAAUACCAUUUUAAGCUCAUCUUCCUUACCUUUGUCUGUCUGGUGUAGGUUGAGAAACAAAGUGCCCAUUUCUUUGGUGUCACAAUUAAUGACGAGCAAGCCCAGUCAGGCGUAGUAAUUAGAGUCACUUCUGCUGCACAAAGCAAAUUUAAAGUAUGAACAUCUUCUGCAACCCGACUCUUAAGCAUGACAAUCACCACACGAAUUAUGGUUAUCAAAAUAAUAAGUUUUUUCCAUAGCAUUUGAUGUAUAAAAUGGUCGACCAUAUUUAAUAACUAGUUCUUAUCUUUUUUAUUUCAACUUUAGCUUCUCUACUUUGAGCAAGAGGCAAAUGGAGGUUAUGGGUUGGCAUUACAGGUAACAGACUGCAUUUCUAAUUUUUAGCUUGCCCUCGUAGGUCCUAUUUACUCUUAGUUAAAGUGAGGGGGAGGCAGAGAACUGGGUUUUCAAUAUUUCAGUAAGUUGCAAAACUAAAAAGUAACAAUGCCUAAGUAAAAUACAAAUUUAGAGCAGAAGUAAACCGUGUAUAUUCCUUUUAUUGUUCUGGACUCUAUUCCUACAUCUACUUCUGUUCUAAUCUCUGAAGUUUGGAGUUGCUGGCUAGACAACAUUAGCUUGAACAGAUCUCUACACAAUUGGGAUGUUUCUUUUGAUGAAAAGAUGGAUGAGAUCCUCCGUAGAUAAAAUCGAUUGUCUACAUUAGGUUUCCCUCUUUUAUGACAGAAGAGCACAUAUAUAAAUUGGAGGUAUGGAGAGAAAAGAGUGUAGAUCACUUCACAAGCUAAUAUGGAGAUUUUCCCAUGCUUUGACUAGCCAUUGGGUUAACCUCUCCAACCUGCAAUUUCAGAAUGACCAUAUUUGCAGUUUUUUCUGGCGGCUUUUUUGUUUUUGGUCAACAAUGUUGUUGAUGCCUGAAUUUUAGGCUGGUCGAUCCUGUUAAUGGGACAUUGACUGGUUCCAAAACAUGUAACUCAAUAGAGCUCGUCAAACACAUUGUGAACAAUGGAAUCUCUCACAAAGAAAGCCUAAGAAAGGAUACCAAAGCUGUUGACGUUUACUAUAGGUAGAUAAAGUGAAAGGGCUAUGCGAAAGUUGGCCAGGCAAACCUUAACAGAGCUGAGAUAGGCCAACAUCUACAGCAGGUUGACCUGUAGAACCUGAAUGGUGGACCUCGUUAAGAAAGGGUGUCAACCCAGACAGGUUGACUGACUCACAGUCUCCGUACAAUUUCUAUAUUCAUGCUGUUCUCAUGUUUGCUUGUUCCCAUUUAAAUAUAAUUUCACCGGUUUGUGACAAAUGCGCAUGGAACUUUUGUGGUGGUUGUAAUUACAUAUAUUUUGUUGGUUAGCAAUUUUAUAAGUAAGUUUUGGACCUCAGGGUCUUAUAGUGAAGAAGGACCGGACAAAUUCAUAAAAUCCUGCUGGUGGAUUAUCAAGAAACAUUUGGUUUGGAGGUCAUUGUUAAAGUUUUUGUCACAUGAACCCUUGGACUCGAUGGCCAAUUGGGUACACUUAGUUUGGUGCAUGAAUGUGAGCCAGUUUGGAAUUGAUAUCGAGGGUUUGAUCAUUUAGGAAUCGAAGUUACAACUUCCCAUAGGUUUCCUCCCGUCUCCUCCAUCCAGUUUCCUUAUAUUUUGCCCUCUUUGCAGUAUACUUUGAAGAAUAACAUUAUCCCAACUAGAGCUAACUUUGGUCUAAUUUAUAAGAUGAUGAAACCAUCACUUCCUCUUUCUUUUGGUCUCAAUGCAUGACCCACACCUACUCUUAGUCCACUAUCGUUUCCUUUCUUAUCUAAAUUAUGGAGCUUGAGUUCUUGUUGUUGCUCGUUAACUUAUCCUAUUUUGCAGCCACUUUGUGAACUUUUGAUUAGUCUUAAUGGUAGACUUGAUGGAAGCUCUUAGAAUCAAUGAGCGAGGGGAUAUGGGUUAACUGAGAAGUUAGAUCAUUGAAAUUUGAAAAUUUUAAUCCAAUCUUGCCAUUCGGCAAAUAUGUAGCUAAUGUGAAUGAGGAUGUAUGAAAGGAAGUUGAGGCAAGGAAAGAUGGCACUGAUAUUUUGUAGUUUGGCUCUACAAAUAAAUGUCCACUUUCUGAGAUCAUUUUAGGUACUACAUUAGCGUAAUACAACGGCUAGGGUUGAUGGUGCUAGUUCACUGAAUACAAAUGUUUUUUUCACAAACACUCCUCAAAUAGUUAUUCCUAAACUCUAAUAUUCUAGUACAGUGUAGUUUAUCUAGUACUCAAUAUUUCCAUUCAGGAAUUCGUAACUGCAUCACAGAUCAAUAAAAUUCAGUGAAGGGCUUGAUAAUAGCAACGCUAACUACGGGAUCGAAGUGAGAGAUCUUCUUGGAAACCUUGAAACUCCUUCAGUUUAGAGCAACCUUCAUCACGUUACGUAAAUGGUAUAACUUCAUUGAGAAUUCAGAUCAGAGCAUCCUUUCUGUUGGUCUUGGAUCUUAUACUGUUCUGAAUUGCCUUUGCCAAUGUCUCCCAAAUCUUAUGGAGUGGUUGUAUUUAUGAAGUUCCUCCUCUUCAUGCCAUUGGAGUUUUUUCAGAGACUGAACAAAUGAUAAACGGCUGGAAAACGGCUACUGUUUGAAGUUUCUACUGAACAUAUCCCUUUCAAGGGGUGAUCAACCUUUAAACUAGAGGUUGUUUUGAAAGGAACGUAUUGUACACCGAGAUUUUGUAAUCGUUAAUAAAUUUGAGGUUCGAUCAUGUAUAAAUCUCUCCUUUUUGAAUGUUGCCCAAACCUUUGGGAUUCUCGGGACUCAUUUUAUCAUUCGUGUCCUUAGUCACAGUUCUCUCCUCCCUUCUGUCAUCAUUCUGAAUGAAAGCUCAUUCACUAUAGAGAAUGAUCAUUAUAAUGAAUUGGAAGCAUGCUCUGCAAUGUUUCAACUUUUUGGAAUGCAAGCUCCAUUUAUUUUUGUACAUUCCCUUGGUAAUUACGGAUUUUCACAACCGUAUUUAUUCUUCCUCUCCUUGGAAAACACAAGUAUGAGAAUGACUGUGAACUAGAGAAUGAUCAUUAAUGUUUUGUCAUUCCCUGUCAUCCAUGAAUAUGUAAAAGAAGAUGCGAAUGAGGCUGAAUCAGCUGAUAUAUAGUCUAAAUAUGCUAUUUUUCAUUGAAAAUAUUUAGUACUUAUCUUUUUACUUUGGGGGUUGGAGUUGGGGAAUCCAAUCCAUCUCUAGCUGUUUUAUGAUUUUGAAUUGACGGAGGUCAGUCUGUUAUGGAGAGGUCGGUGAUUCUCUCAGUUAUCGAACUGGUUCUUGCUCAGAUCAUCUGUUCUUAGCAGUAGUGUUGCUGUCAGAGGAGCAAUAUGGGUGCACUGCUUGUUAUCAUUGGAGCACAAAAAAAGAGGAGAGGAGGAAGAAGGAAAGGAAGAAAAAUAAAGAAGAUUUUUUUUUCACAUGGAGUUGCUGCUUAUGGCUUCCAUCUGCUGCCAGUCGCUGGUAAUGGCCUGCGUUGUGGACUUGCCAUCGCCCCGAAACUCCAUGCUUCACUCAGAACUAAAAGAAAUGGGUUGAAAUGAUGCCCUUCAAACUGCUCUAUAAUGGUGGAAAUUGUCGUUGGGAGAGCAUAGUGAUGGAUACUUUUAUUUUAGAGACAUGCCUUAUGGUACAGGAAGGAACCUUGAAAUACAUUUCUUUCCUAAUAGAAGCCUGCAGUUUUAGAAGCUAGCAUCAAUUUAGGAGACAUUAUCCUUUUCCUGAUUUAUGAAUAGUCGUAAUGUUUAGGAUGGUGUGGAAGUGAACUGUUUUAAUUAAUGAUGACUUAGUUUCAUUUCGAAUCCAAUUACUCGUUUCAACAUUUACCAUCCUUACUCUAUCAGUUUUUGAAAAUUAAAUUUUUCUGACAGAGUGUUAUUGCCUAGAUAAGGAAAGGGUUGGGUUUUGGGAGUAUUUGGCGGAGCUGACAAGCUGAAAUCGUCACCUGAUGUGCCACAUUAGGGAUAUGUGAGUCCUCAGAAAGUAAAGGAUAAUACACUUUGGCCCCGUCCCUGCUAAAAUGAAGAUUAAACUAUAUACAACAUAGAUUAAGGUCAUUGGAGGUGUAGUAGAAAAGAAAUUUACGUUCAGAUGGGAAACUUAUGUCCAUCUCCAAACCGAACUGGAAUUUUCGCUGAAGGGUAUUUAUGAAAUCUAAAUGUUUCUGUUUACGUUAAAGCAUGCGGUGCUCUUAGUAUGUGUACUACUUGUUCUUCACAAAAGUUUUAUCUAGAAACUAUUUCUGUUGCUGGGUGUGCCAUUCUUGAUUCUAAAGUAUGGUAGAUGGAAAAGUUCCUGUACUCUACCUUGAGUUCUGUUGGCAGACUGAUGCCUGGUGUCCACUUUUUAAAUUGUUUCUCAACAGGAGGAUAGUGAAAAGACCGGCAAGGUAACAUCUGCGGGAAUGUACUUUUUACACUUCCAAGUUUACCGCAUGGAUUCCACGGUGAAUGUGGUAGGUUGUCAUUUAUUUUUCUCCUAUUUCAUUGUAGACUUGGAUUGUUAGAACUCUUUCGUUGGUCAAACGUUUGGUAUAUUAUUUGCUUCUGUAGUUGGCCAUGGCCAAACAUCCUGAGGCUGCAUUUUUUAAAAGGUUGGAUGGUCUACAACCUUGUGAAGUCUCUGAACUAAAGCCUGGGACUCACAUUUUUGCUGUGUAUGGUAUGUUCUACUUAUUUCUCCUUUUCAGAUUCCUGAAAAAGAUAAUGUUGGCCCAUAAAAAAAUUGAUUAAUUUUCAGGUGACAACUUUUUCAAAACUGCAUCCUAUACCAUCGAAGCUCUUUGUGCAAAAUCUUUUGAGGACGUCACUCAGAAACUCCAAGAGAUUGAGGCCCAAAUACUAGCCAAGAGAAAUGAUCUACGGCAGUUUGAGAUAGAGUACAGAAAAGUAAGAUCUACAUAACCUUUACACGUUGUUAACUGUGCAACAUAUUGUGCAUGUGAUCUGUACAGCGUUUGGAAUUUAUUCUCUUGAUUCCAUUAUGAAAAAUACUUAACGAUGAAUCUGAGUGAGCUGAUUGGGCGUCCAUUUUUCGCAGGCAAUGGCACAUUUUCAAGAAGUUAAGAAUAGAUAUAAUGAAGAAAAGCAAUCAGUAAGCCUGAACUUGUUUCCAUUUUUCGGAAAUGUUGUUUUUUACCCAUUUUAUUAGUUCUUGGUCAUCCUUUGUCAGUAGUCGGAUCACUUGCUUCCUGCAGAAAACGUCUAAUGUUUGGUUAAGUCACCAUCGAUGUCCUCAGAUGGCAUAAUUAUUUUCUUUGUCCUCAAAUGUUAUCUCAUGUGUGAUUACUGCCCCAUUGUGUUGGGCGCCGAUAUGGCAGGGCAUAAAGUGUGCGCCAUUAAAGAAGGAACGUUUUGGGGUGAAAUACUCCAAGCUGAUGUCUGGACUAGGCAGCACCUAAACCUUGGUAGAGGGAAGGCUCCUGAGUCUUUUAGUUGAAAUCAUCCACACCCUGCGCAGCAUACAUGUACAUGUGGGAAAGAAAUAUUACAGUAGCUAUUGCGUGGUGCGUGUGAUGCAUAAUCUUAAUCAUGAGUCGCUUUGUUUUUUCCGUUCAUAUUUGCUAUUGAAGGGGGAAAAAAACAAACUUAUUUCAAGCAAAGCAUCAUACCACGUUUGUUGGAUGAUAUAUUAUUCUCGCAUUACAAAUUCAUGUAGCGUCACGAUUUGCAAAUUUUUAGAUAAUUUGUUUUGACCAUAUCACAUCACGCUCUGAGGGCCUUUAGACGGAUAUCGACAUCAGGUCACAUCAUUUCCCUGAUGGGGAUUCCAUAAUCGAUCUAUGUCACGCCAUGAUAAUAUGUUAUUUAGCUGUUUUCUUUUAUUUCCCGUUUAGUUUAGUUGUGGAGUGUGUGAACUGCGGCAUAGGAAGACAUUUGAGAUAACUUGCAUUUUUGGCAAGUGAGAAGGCAUAGUCCGAUGAGCCUAAUCCUUUCUUUGUUAUGCUUCUGUGCGUCAUGCCUCUGAGGCUUAUUCCCAGGGAUGCUAAUAGAUAAGUGAGAUCUUAAAAUCCCUAUCAUGGCACCGAUGAUGAACUGAGAAGAAGUUUUCUACACUCUUUAAGUUCCAUUCUAAUCUUUUAUUGGGCACAUGGAUUAUAUGACGGGGGUAUUGAUUUUCAUGAGAUAUCUUUCAUUAAAAAAAAAAACAUAUAUUGUGAUAAAGAUCCAUGGCCCGCUGUGUGACUGGUUCUCUGGUCUGUAAGUCUAUCACAAUCCUCCAUGCCAUCUAAAUCUAUUAAGUAGAAACCUUCCAUUUUACAUGAUUUUCAGUUAUUCAUUCACAGUUCUUGCUUUUCCAAAAAUCUACGCUGGGCCUUCCGUUUUCAUUGAUCCAUUCUCGUGUAAAUAUGGCAGCAGACAUGGAUUUGUAUUCCCAGUUUGGGUGCUGGCUGGAUGCUGAUUUCUGUGAUGUGUCUUCCCCGCCCCAUGCAGGUGGAUGAACUGCUGAAAGAGAGAGACACCAUCCACUCAUCCUUUACGACGGUCCAGACCCUGGUGAACUGCAGCGGGAGUAGCAGCGGCACAAGCAAGGUCCCCAGCGAUCCUCCCAAGGCCGACACUCCCCUUGAAUAUGGCAGCGACGAUGGAAAGGACAAGUUCCGGAAAAAAUGGUUCAAUCUCAACUUGAAUCGCUCCGACAAGAAAGGUUGA